ACAGAGAAGCAAUCCUGCAUGGACCGUUCUGAAGACAAAAAAAUAGAAAAUAUUGGUAGAAUGACGGCCAUGACGCAGGAAGAAAUCGUGGCUGGCACCAGAACUGUGGCCCAGGGUCUGGAAGCCCUUCGUGUUGAACACGAAGGACUUCUACAGGGGCUACAAUCUCAGGAUGCACCGGCUGCAAGAGACAAAGCCAGCUUACUGUCAAAGAACAUUGAGAUGAUAGAGUUGGGCCUCGGUGAGGCUCAGGUCAUGAUGGCUCUGGCUAACCAUUUACAAAAGGUCGAGGCUGAAAAACAAAAGCUUAGAACACAAGUUAGGAGGCUGUGCCAAGAAAAUGCCUGGUUAAGGGACGAGUUGGCUGGAACACAGCAGAAAUUGCAAGCUAGUGAGCAGGCAGUAGCCAAAUUGGAAGUAGACAAGAAGCAACUAGAAUUCAUGGAAAGUAUGAGGCAAUAUGAUCCUGAUCCUCCUGCUGAUGAUGAGACUACUAAAGACAGACCAAAAGAUGAUCCUGUGGUCGAUCUAUUCCCCGAUGACGAUGCGGACGACCGAAAUAGUAAGUCGAUAUCGCCGACACCGCCAUCGCAAUUUGCACAACAAGUGAACGCCGGAUACGAAAUACCUGCGCGCUUACGUACACUGCACAAUUUGGUUAUUCAGUACGCGGGCCAAGGUCGCUACGAGGUGGCAGUGCCUCUUUGCAAGCAGGCGCUGGAGGAUUUGGAGAAAACUUCCGGCCACGACCAUCCCGAUGUGGCUACGAUGUUAAACAUUCUUGCUUUAGUAUAUAGAGACCAAAACAAGUAUAAGGAGGCUGCGAAUCUAUUGAACGAUGCUUUGUCCAUCCGCGAGAAGACACUAGGCGAAAAUCAUCCUGCGGUAGCCGCCACGUUAAACAAUCUGGCCGUUUUAUAUGGAAAACGAGGCAAAUACAAGGAAGCAGAGCCGCUGUGCAAGCGUGCUCUUGACAUCAGGGAAAAGGUUCUCGGACGAGAUCAUCCGGAUGUCGCGAAACAGUUGAACAACCUCGCGUUACUUUGCCAGAACCAGGGUAAAUACGAGGAGGUUCAGCGUUAUUACCAACGAGCACUUGAAAUCUACGAGGCGAAACUCGGGCCGGAUGAUCCAAAUGUCGCGAAAACGAAAAACAAUUUAGCCUCUUGUUUCCUGAAACAGGGGAAAUACAAGGAUGCCGAAGUUCUGUAUAAACAAGUACUGACCAGAGCGCACGAGAAAGAGUUCGGUGCUAUUGCUAGCGAUAAUAAACCAAUUUGGCAGGUCGCAGAAGAAAGAGAGGAAAAUAAGCAUAAAAAUAAAGAGAAUGCUCCUUACGGAGAAUAUGGAGGUUGGCACAAAGCAGCAAAGGUAGACUCGCCCACGGUUACGACUACUCUGAAAAAUCUUGGUGCAUUAUAUCGAAGGCAAGGAAAAUAUGAGGCGGCGGAUACUCUGGAAGAUUGUGCUUUGAGGUCACGAAGGGAGACAUUAGAGUUCGUGAAGCAAGGAAAAGUCGCGCAAAUACUAGGGGAUGAGAAAGGAUCGACAAGACGCGGCUCGCGGUCCAGUUUGGCAAACAGCGAACACGAGCAACACGACGAGGGCUCGCUGCCGCUGGUACAAAGGGCGCUACACGAAGGACAGUCUGGCCACCACGACGCUAGUCCUAACAAACCCGGUUUUAAAAACAAGUUCUUUCAAGCUCUCGGGAUUCACUCUUCCACGUAGGAUUAUCCUUCGUCUGUAGUAUUGCUACUGUUGUUCAAUUAUGCCCGAUCACUCGCAGAGAUUUGUCGGUAUAUCACUCGAGGUCUGUACUCUUAGGACGAGUGAGAGCGAGAGAAAGAGAGAGGAGAGAGUGGAGAUAUUUAAUUGCUGAUAAAUAUUAACUAGCAUUUAUCGGAAAAGUGCCUGUCAGUGAUUCCUCUUGUUAUUAAGUCCGAGUGUUCCCCGAUUAAGAACCGCCUACGGACAUAAUUUUUGUAAAUAACGCCAAUCAUUGGGAGAGGCAUUAAACGUGUAGUGGAAUUCUAGGAACGGGUCUUUUUGAUAAUUCUGGGCAUUUGAUACUGUUUUCCGCAGCCAAGUAUCCCCGGUAACAGCACAUCGUAACUGCACAUUCUUUUAAUACAUUUA